AUGCUCUCCACGUCAACAAUCCCCUUUCUGAUCCACGCCCUCAUUGAAACACCUGCCGCCUUCACAUUCAUCUUUCGGCCUUCCUCGCAACUUCAACCGCUUCCUCCAUCUGCAGCCUUGAUUCUGCAGUCUUUUGGCGGUCUUCUUCUCACGAGCAACCUCAUCGCUCUGAUCUUGAUUCGUCGACCAUUUGACGAUGUCGCUCGCCAGGCUUCACUCGCUUUCUCCUUUUGGCACCUCUGGCCGUGCUACCGUGCUUACAUGCGUAUGAAUGGGUAUACUAAGGAGGAAGAGGCGUCGACGACGAAAACGCUGGGAGGACCCGUGGUGCAUCUGGGAGUUCACGUCGUGCUGCUGACUAUGUUUCUUGGUACCUGGUAUUUUGGCAGUGCUUAA